CAGUGUGCGGGGUUUUGCCAUGCAAUUUACUGCCUGGGUUGGGAUGAAAUCGUGCCAAAUUUCGGACUUAAAUGUCGGUGGGUGUAGGUCAUGCCUGUCGAGGAGUUAGUUUCAGAGUUGUCUGGUGUCAUUUCUGGACUCAGUCACAUUUUUAGGCUGAAUGAGCAGGAGCUGUUCUUUAUUGAUGUUUCUUCAGCUGCUGAGUCUACUCUGAUUGUUAUUCGAAGACCAUCUCAGCUGGGCUGGCAAAGUAUUCUCAAUGUUGGGAUGUGCUAUAGCUUUACAAACUUAAGGCCAGGAAAACUUUAUCAGAGCACUCCAGAUGAAGUUGAUGUGCUGGUAGCUACUUCAAAAACAAAUGUGAACCCCACAAAAUAUGAUGACUAUAAAUUAGCCUCAAAUGCAAGUCUCCAUCAUCUUAUUUCAUUCAAGGGCUUGGUGACGUCGGUGGACGCGGUGCUGCAGCUGUUCGGGCUGGACGAGAGCGUGGAGCUGGCGCUGGCCGCCAUCGCCGGCGUCACCAGCUGCCCCCAGCUGCGGCUCGGCGACCAGGUGGUCGUGCAUGACGCCCACUGGGCGCCGGCCGCGCGCCGGCUCACCGCCUGCGGCCGCACCAGGGUCGACCUGCUGAACAGGCAGGCGUCGGCGGCGGCGUGCGACCAGGACUCGGCACUGCACCUGCUGCACCGGCUGGCGCUGCCGCCGGCCGCUCUCGACUGGUACCGGCGCACCGAGCGCGAGCUGGCCGACGCCGUCCCGCACAGAACGUGA